AUGCCAACGGUGUUGCUUCCGUCAUCCGCCGCUGCCUUUGCGCCCCGAUCGUCGCCAAAUGUGGUUUUAACUCGAAAAGUUGCACCGUGGUUGACGGCGACAUUGAAGCGCGUGAACCGAGUCAAGCGCCCCCUCAACAACGUCACCCAGCACACCCGAUGUUUAACCGAGACGCUGUCCUCCACCAACGCGAUAUGGACGCUGUGCUCGAUGAUGUUUACCAAAGCGCCCGAGUCGGAGCUUCGGAAGGAUGAGAACCCGCUUGUCGAGGGCCUGUUCAAUUACCAAAUGAUCCAUAUCGAGGCUUACGUGGUACAUGUGGAUAUGGUCUCCCGGAAUGAGGUGGCCUUCAAACUGACCCCAGAGACGAUCGAGUCCCUGGUCGACUUUCACAAGGAUAUCUACUCCAAGGACGCCGCCGCAAACACGUGGGACUGGUCUGGCAAGCAGGCCCAACUGAAGAAACUGCAAGAGGAGUUCGUCCAAGCUGCCAACAAGUUCGUGUAUCGCACCGAUGCUGAAGCGUUGGAGGGUCUCGAGGAAGACGGCGCCGGAGAGCUCCUCUCUGGUCGAAGCGAGGACGCCAAAAACGCGAUCACGAGCCUUUUCGUCCCCCUCUUGCCUCCCCCACCUCGCGUGGUCGACGUGAUGCGCCCGGUUCCUCUCCUACCUAGUUCAACUGGCCCUGAGAAUUGGUGGAGUACCCCCAUGCCUCCUCCAGCGCCGAUGGAGUGGAAAAUGCUGCCGUCAAGUCAUUCGCCCGUCUGCACCGAUGACUCCAAUCCGAGCCUGUGGGCUAGCCUGGCCUUUACCGAAGCUCAGCUGCCAUCGCCAACGCCAUCAUACAGCAUGCCCUUCACCAGCGCGCCAUACUCGGCGUACGAUAUCAGCAUGGCCCCGACUUCGGCUGCCAUUGCAUCCCUUCCUCUACCAAGUAUGCUGGUGCAACCUUGCAGCACGGCUGCCAGUAUCACGGGUCUCGGCGGACUUGGCGGGUGGGGAGACUUUGCUCCAUUGCCAUAUGGAAUGACCAUGUAG